AUGUACAAAUUAUGUUUGGAAGCUGCUGUAGUCCAUGAUUCUAAAGAUCUACCUUCGCUUAGCGAGUCCUCAGAAGAAGACGUGACAUCAGAUCCGUCAGACAAGCAAUCAAUCAAUCAAGGUCAUGGACAAUGUUCCAAAUCCAGCAAUGAGCAAAAAUGCCAUCCCAGUAUUUUCAAGAAUAUAUAUAGCAGUGAUGAAGGAUCAAGUAAUGACGAACCUGACUGGGCUAGUGUGACACCAGUAGAAGAAAUGGAUACAACAAAUCAGGAUGGUGUUGGUGAUCAAGAGGAUCGAGAUCUAGUUGGUGAAAAUAAUGAAAAUCCGCCCUUGAACAGUAAUAAUGAGAGAAUUUUAAGUUCUAGAGAGAGCAAAGAUGAGACCUGA